GAGUGAGUUAGACAAUGAAUCAAAUGACUCAUUGGUUAAGAGGCUCCACGUGUUAUCUUUGAAUCAUUUCUCCGCCUGCAGCUCUCCAGCACCACGUUGCGAUGCCGCAUGGAGGGAAUGUGUUUAAUUUUCUGUCUUUUUACCUUCGGAGGAUCAUUUCAGAAAGGUCUAGCAGCUGUGAUCCAAACCCAGCAGACGGUGUCAGCAGCAGUAGGAGAAGAUGCUCCUCUCAGCUGUCAGCUGCUGGAAACUAAAGACGUCCAGCAGGUCACCUGGCAGAAGGUCUUGGAAAGAACAGAGAGGAGAAUUGGUUCCUACAGCGAGUAUUAUGGUGUAAUAGUGAAUAAUAGAUUCAAAGAUAAAGUUCAGUUUACAGAAGCUGGACUGCAGAAGAACUCUAUAGUUAUCAGGAACAUCACAGAUCAGGAUGCAGGAUGUUAUCUCUGUCUGUUCAACACAUAUCCUGAUGGAGCUCUGACAGGACGAACAUGUCUGAUAGUUUAUGAGCUGCAUGGACCCUUCAUUACUAUCAGCAGAUCAAACUCUCCUCCAGGGUCAGUUGUGACCUGUUCAGCCACAGGUCGACCUGUUCCCAUGGUAACACUGACUGUUUCCGAUCAGAACCUCAGCUUCUCCCACUGCAACACCAGCAGAGAGACCAACACCAACGGUACCGUCACCGUCAUUACUACAGCUCUGCUGUCAGCUCUCAGCAGCACACAGGUUGGAUGUUUAGUAUCUGUGGACUCUGCUGCUCCCAGAGAGCUGCUGGUCACCGUUCCUGAUUUCAAAGAUUCGUCUGAUGAAGGUUUGAAUAAACAAUUGGAAUCAGAUUUCAGAGGUUUCAGAUGGCCUCUGAUUGUUGUAUUCCUGGGGUUCCUGAUCUGUAUUUGUGUUUUACAAUUCAGAAGAAUAUCUCAGAACAGGAAUAUGAAACCUUCAGAGAACGUCACAGACAAUCAAAAGUUGAACAACUCACCAGUGUCGAACAAAGACGACAGACAACGAACAUCUGAGAGGCAGAGACAAAACGGCGAGUCCCAUACAUCACCAUGACAACAGAAUCACCUCAUUUGGGUGUCUGAUUAAACAGAGGACCUUUAUCCAAAGAUGUAUGAGAAACAUUACAUAUAUUUCAUGCACAUAGUGUCAUUUCAUAGCAUGAUCAAAUAACCUUUGGUUUUUACAAAAAUACUGUUCAUAUCAGAAA